AGUGCACAAAGCUAGAGGACCUUGAUGAUGCGAUCAGGAGUUAAAAUGACCACCAUAGUGUUUGUACUGAUUUUAUCGCUCAUGGCCGCUUUCUGCUCUGCUAAGAACAACAAGCAAUCAGACACCAAGGUAACUGCAUUCAUACAUAUGGUCACUACAGAUUUGUUAAUACAGUUAAUGUUAAUUCAUGGAGAAACUAGGAAUAACGUAUCAUGUGUUAGUUUACUAAAUCAGUCUGCAGGGUGAUUAAGAAAUGCUCAAGAUGCAUUCAAAGAUUAAGAUGGUAUGAUUACUUGUGCAAUCGAACGCUAUAGAGAAAGAACAUUUUUACGUUUAAAACAAUCAAGUGACAUCAUUACCAACGUGGUAAGUACUAUAACAUAUCUUCGUUACUGAAAAAUGAAUUUCUUUAAUCACAAUUUACGCGCGUUCAUCUAAGAAACCCAAAAUAAACACUUGCAAUUAACGGAAAUCAGUAAGCACUUCCUCACCUGGAUUGAAACGCUAAAUGAAAGACAAAAUUGUCCAAGGCUACUAGCAUUUGGUCAUUAAAUUUUAUCUUUUUUGCAGCCUAUUCAAUCUUGUCCAUCUUGUAAUAAUGGUGGACAAACCGGGAUGUGGACAUACAUGACAUGUGUCCCAGGCGCCCCCGGGGCACCUGGUCGUGAUGGAGCCAAAGGAAACCUUGGCAGCCCGGGGAAAACUGGGACCCAGGGACCACGUGGUGCUGAUGGAAAGAAAGGAGCAAAGGGAGAGCCUGGGAUCCAGGGCUCCGCCGGACAAAAAGGAGAGCGAGGGGACAAAGGGGACAGUGGAACCCCACGACUGGCUUCACACAUGAACUGGAAAGAGUGUGCUUGGAAAAAGACAGAGAGCAAAGAUUCAGGACUGAUAUAUGUAAGCGAGCAAUAUCCCUGUGUAAUAAGAAAAAAUAUACUGUUGAUGAAUUUCUCAAAACGAAGAAUUCAUCAAUAUAAUUGACUUUCAAGGUUCCAUGAAUGGCAUCAUUUUAAACAGUUUCCUUUAUUCUUUUUCGUUCAGAACUGUGACUUUGUGAAGAAAUACCCGGACACUUCCCUUCAUGUCUACUAUGCCGGUAACCUCAGGGUUGGCGUAUGUGACCGAUGCUGUAGUCGAUGGCAUUUCAGCUUCAAUGGAGCCGAGUGCAGCUCUCCAGGAACUAUUGACGGUGCAUUCUAUAUGUAUACAGGCCGAAACCACUAUCUUCACCGUCAUCGCCACAUUGAAGGUCACUGCAACAACAUUCAGAAAGGAAAGGUGCGAGUGGGAUUCUGGGUUGGAAAGUGCGUCACAGGCCAUAAGCUUGCUGAUGGCGACACUGGUUGGCAUUCAAUGAAUCGUAUCUUCAUUGAAGAAGUACCGAAAGCUCAGCAGUAA